GACGAGAUCAAACUGCCAGACUUUGUCAACAGGAAACCAUUCAGCUAAUGCACGGGUAUAAAGGGAGGGUGCGGCGCAGCGGGUCGCUACUGGUGCACUGGCGGUCUCGCCGUGCCUCCCGAGGGAUACGGCACAGCUGAGCACCAUGGCGUGGCUCCGACCCGUGCUGCUGCUGGCGGUUGUGACCCUGCUGCAGGUCACCGCCCACCGGCAGCCUAUCAGCCGUCUGAAGCCAUGGACCAACCGACUGCUGGGAGUUCCAGUGCGCCGGCCGACGGUCCAUCGCGGUAGCCACCGUCUCGGUAUCCGGCCCACUCUGUCGCUCCGUCACCGUUUCGGUAUCCGGCCCACUCUGUCGCUCCGUCACCGUCUUGGUAUAAGGUCCCGUCUGUCCGUCAGCCACCUGCUGGGCUUCCGGCGCCGUCCGUCGGGCGGCCACCGUCUCGGUUUCCGACCCCGUCUGAGGAGCAGCCACAAGUGGGGCAGGCUGAUUGGGCUCUCCCCUCGUCUGUGGGGCAGCCACAAGUGGGGCAGGCUGAUUGGCCUGUCCCCCCGUCUAUGGGGCAGCCGUAAGUGGAUACAGCUGACCGGGCUGCGCCAGUCACUCGAGCUUCACGGCUUCGUGCCCGACUUGAAGAAAUAUCUGAAGUACGGGCGGCUGAUUGGGCUGUACCGAAAGUUCUAUCGCCACGGCUACCGUCAUCCGUUGGAAAAGUACGAAAAGCUGGACCGACUGCGUGAGAUUUAUCACCGGUUCUUUUACAUGCACUGCAGCUCGGGCUUCUUCUGCCACCACCCCUGCUACCGGAGCGCUCAUGAUGAGGUAUGUACUUACCCAUAAGGUGACACAAUGUUCAUCACGUUUGGGUUCUUUUUUACUUCUGCAGUUUUGCAGUUUUGUUUACUUCCAUUGAAAUGACUUUUCAUUUUCUUCAGUGGAAAAACAAGGAAGGAUGCAUGUGUCUGCAAGAUUCUGACUGUGAUGAAGGACUCGAGUGUGACAAGUCAGCAACAAAUGCUACUCAUCCCAUCGGCACUUGCGGUGAGGACACUGUUUUGCAAUCAACUACAGCACACACGUUGUUCGAAAAAGGCAUAAAGUAGUUGAGCAGAAUCUCAGUCAAGUUCAAGGUACGAACAUUGUAAAAUGUUAUGUUUAAAAGCUACAUUUUAUGUUUGUACCUAAGUCAUAUGUCACGUCUGCGUUGACACACACGUGGAACACUUCAUAUAAAAGAGGCGACGCCACUUAGGUAAUAGCUAUGUUGCAAAGGUUGACCACGCUUCUUCCGGGUGACAUUUUCUCUGCUAAGUGUGUCACACUUCCAGUCUUGGCAUCUAUUCUACUUCAUUCCUAAUUACAGAGCAUCCAGAGGAAUAUUGUCAAGUUGGAGGCAGGUAUGAGGACGGCUGCACCUGUGAAAAUGAUCAAGACUGUCAAUCCGCCAAAUGUCACAAUCUACUAUGUUGCGAGAACGAUCCAUCAGUCAAGAGUGUCGCGGGUUGCCAAUGCCUGCAAAAUUCAGACUGCAUCGGGGGACUGACUUGCGAUAUGACCGGAACAACUGAAAGCAAGCCAUAUGGAACCUGCACUGAGCCAGAUGGCAGUUGUCAAGAACUGGGAGAAUUUGAAGACGGCUGCAGCUGUAAUAUCAACGUGGACUGCCAAUCAAACAUGUGCCAUCAUCUGGUCUGUUGCCAGAACGAUCCAUCAGUCAAGAGCAUCGCGGGCUGCCAAUGCCUGCAAAAUUCAGACUGCAUGGAAGGGCUGACUUGUGAUAUGAACGGAACAACUGAAAGAAAACCAUACGGAACCUGCACUGAAUCGGAGGAGAGGUGCCAAGUUCUAGGCGAGUAUGAAGACGGAUGCAGCUGUGUGAUCAACCCGGACUGCCUAUCAAACAUGUGCCAUAACCUACUCUGUUGCCAGAACGAUCCAUCAGUUAAGAGCAUCGCGGGCUGCCAAUGCCUGCAAAAUUCAGACUGCAUGGAAGGACUGACUUGUGAUAUGACCGGAACAACUGAAAGAAAACCAUAUGGAACCUGCACUGCUCCAGACGAGCCGUGCCAAAAUGCCUCGAGCCUAGAAGACGACUGUGGCUGUAUGCUGGACGCAGAAUGCCAGUCCACCAGGUGUCAUUUAGGAGUUUGUUGCCAAAACGACCCAUCAGUCAAGAGCAAGGCCGGUUGCCAAUGUCAGGACAACACAGACUGCAGCGGAUCGCUUAAAUGCGAUUUGUCUGGGGUAUCUGGAGGCCAAACAGAUGGAACUUGCACGGACGACGACGACCCUUGUCAAGAUUUUGGCAACUUACCGGAAGACUGUGGCUGUACAAUCGACGCAGACUGUCAAUCGGGAAAAUGUCAUAAUUAUAUCUGUUGCCAGAGCAAUCCAACUGUGAAGAGCAAGGAGGGAUGUCAAUGCCAGGACAACACAGACUGCAUCGGAUCGCUUACAUGCGAUUUGUCUGGGGUAUCUGGAAGCCAAACAGAUGGAACUUGCACGGAAGACGACGACCCUUGUCAAGAUUUUGGCAACUUACCGGAAGACUGUGGCUGUACAAUCGACGCAGACUGUCAAUCGGGAAAAUGUCAUAAUUAUAUCUGUUGCCAGAGCAAUCCAACUGUGAAGAGCAAGGAGGGAUGUCAAUGCCAGGACAACACAGACUGCAUCGGAUCGCUUACAUGCGAUUUGUCUGGGGUAUCUGGAGGCCAAACAGAUGGAACUUGCACUGAAGACGACGACCCUUGUCAAGAUUUUGGCAACUUACCGGAAGACUGUGGCUGUACAAUCGACGCAGACUGUCAAUCGGGAAAAUGUCAUAAUUAUAUCUGUUGCCAGAGCAAUCCAACUGUGAAGAGCAAGGAGGGAUGUCAAUGCCAGGACAACACAGACUGCAUCGGAUCGCUUACAUGCGAUUUGUCUGGGGUAUCUGGAAGCCAAACAGAUGGAACUUGCACUGAAGACGACAACCCUUGUCAAGGUUUUGGUAACUUACCGGAAGACUGUGGCUGUACAAUCGACGCAGACUGCCAAUCGGGAAAAUGUCAUAAUUAUAUCUGUUGCCAGAGCAACCCAACUGUGAAGAGCAAGGAGGGAUGUCAAUGCCAGGACAACACAGACUGCAUCGGAUCGCUUACAUGCGAUUUGUCUGGGGUAUCUGGAGGCGAAACAGAUGGAACUUGCACGGAAGACGACGACCCUUGUCAAGAUUUUGGCAACUUACCGGAAGACUGUGGCUGUACAAUCGACGCAGACUGUCAAUCGGGAAAAUGUCAUAAUUAUAUCUGUUGCCAGAGCAAUCCAACUGUGAAGAGCAAGGAGGGAUGUCAAUGCCAGGACAACACAGACUGCAUCGGAUCGCUUACAUGCGAUUUGUCUGGGGUAUCUGGAGGCCAAACAGAUGGAACUUGCACUGAAGACGACGACCCUUGUCAAGAUUUUGGCAACUUACCGGAAGACUGUGGCUGUACAAUCGACGCAGACUGUCAAUCGGGAAAAUGUCAUAAUUAUAUCUGUUGCCAGAGCAAUCCAACUGUGAAGAGCAAGGAGGGAUGUCAAUGCCAGGACAACACAGACUGCAUCGGAUCGCUUACAUGCGAUUUGUCUGGGGUAUCUGGAGGCGAAACAGAUGGAACUUGCACGGAAGACGACGACCCUUGUCAAGAUUUUGGAAACUUACCGGAAGACUGUGGCUGUACAAUCGACGCAGACUGUCAAUCGGGAAAAUGUCAUAAUUAUAUCUGUUGCCAGAGCAAUCCAACUGUGAAGAGCAAGGAGGGAUGUCAAUGCCAGGACAACACAGACUGCAUCGGAUCGCUUACAUGCGAUUUGUCUGGGGUAUCUGGAGGCGAAACAGAUGGAACUUGCACUGAAGACGACGACCCUUGUCAAGAUUUUGGCAACUUACCGGAAGACUGUGGCUGUACAAUCGACGCAGACUGUCAAUCGGGAAAAUGUCAUAAUUAUAUCUGUUGCCAGAGCAAUCCAACUGUGAAGAGCAAGGAGGGAUGUCAAUGCCAGGACAACACAGACUGCAUCGGAUCGCUUACAUGCGAUUUGUCUGGGGUAUCUGGAGGCGAAACAGAUGGAACUUGCACGGAAGACGAUGACCCUUGUCAAGAUUUUGGCAACUUACCGGAAGACUGUGGCUGCACAAUCGACGCAGACUGUCAAUCGGGAAAAUGUCAUAAUUAUAUCUGUUGCCAGAGCAAUCCAACUGUGAAGAGCAAGGAGGGAUGUCAAUGCCAGGACAACACAGACUGCAUCGGAUCGCUUACAUGCGAUUUGUCUGGGGUAUCUGGAGGCCAAACAGAUGGAACUUGCACGGAAGACGACGACCCUUGUCAAGAUUUUGGCAACUUACCGGAAGACUGUGGCUGUACAAUCGACGCAGACUGUCAAUCGGGAAAAUGUCAUAAUUAUAUCUGUUGCCAGAGCAAUCCAACUGUGAAGAGCAAGGAGGGAUGUCAAUGCCAGGACAACACAGACUGCAUCGGAUCGCUUACAUGCGAUUUGUCUGGGGUAUCGGGAGGCGAAACAGAUGGAACUUGCACUGAAGACGACGACCCUUGUCAAGAUUUUGGUAACUUACCGGAAGACUGUGGCUGCACAAUCGACGCAGACUGUCAAUCGGGAAAAUGUCAUAAUUAUAUCUGUUGCCAGAGCAAUCCAACUGUGAAGAGCAAGGAGGGAUGUCAAUGCCAGGACAACACAGACUGCAUCGGAUCGCUUACAUGCGAUUUGUCUGGGGUAUCUGGAGGCGAAACAGAUGGAACUUGCACGGAAGACGACGACCCUUGUCAAGAUUUUGGCAACUUACCGGAAGACUGUGGCUGUACAAUCGACGCAGACUGUCAAUCGGGAAAAUGUCAUAAUUAUAUCUGUUGCCAGAGCAAUCCAACUGUGAAGAGCAAGGAGGGAUGUCAAUGCCAGGACAACACAGACUGCAUCGGAUCGCUUACAUGCGAUUUGUCUGGGGUAUCUGGAGGCGAAACAGAUGGAACUUGCACUGAAGACAACGACCCUUGUCAAGAUUUUGGCAACUUACCGGAAGACUGUGGCUGUACAAUCGACGCAGACUGUCAAUCGGGAAAGUGUCAUAAUUAUAUCUGUUGCCAGACCAAUCCAACUGUGAAGAGCAAAGAGGGAUGUCAAUGCCAGGACAACACAGACUGCAUCGGAUCGCUUACAUGCGAUUUGUCUGGGGUAUCUGGAGACCAAACAGAUGGAACUUGCACUGAAGACGACGACCCUUGUCAAGAUUUUGGCAACUUACCGGAAGACUGUGGCUGUACAAUCGACGCAGACUGUCAAUCGGGAAAAUGUCAUAAUUAUAUCUGUUGCCAGAGCAAUCCAACUGUGAAGAGCAAGGAGGGAUGUCAAUGCCAGGACAACACAGACUGCAUCGAAUCGCUUACAUGCAAUUUGUCUGGGGUAUCUGGAGGCCAAACAGAUGGAACUUGCACUGAAGACGACGACCCUUGUCAAGAUUUUGGCAACUUCCUGGAAGACUGUGGCUGUACAAUCGACGCAGACUGUCAAUCGGGAAAAUGUCAUAAUUAUAUCUGUUGCCAGAGCAAUCCAACUGUGAAGAGCAAGGAGGGAUGUCAAUGCCAGGACAACACAGACUGCAUCGGAUCGCUUACAUGCGAUUUGUCUGGGGUAUCUGGAGGCCAAACAGAUGGAACUUGCACGGAAGACGACGACCCUUGUCAAGAUUUUGGCAACUUACCGGAAGACUGUGGCUGUACAAUCGACGCAGACUGUCAAUCCGGAAAAUGUCAUAAUUAUAUCUGUUGCCAGAGCAAUCCAACUGUGAAGAGCAAGGAGGGAUGUCAAUGCCAGGACAACACAGACUGCAUCGGAUCGCUUACAUGCGAUUUGUCUGGGGUAUCUGGAGGCCAAACAGAUGGAACUUGUACUGAAGACGACGACCCUUGUCAAGAUUUUGGCAACUUACCGGAAGACUGUGGCUGUACAAUCGACGCAGACUGUCAAUCGGGAAAAUGUCAUAAUUAUAUCUGUUGCCAGAGCAAUCCAACUGUGAAGAACAAGGAGGGAUGUCAAUGCCAGGACAACACAGACUGCAUCGGAUCGCUUACAUGCGAUUUGUCUGGGGUAUCUGGUGGCCAAACAGAUGGAACUUGCACUGAGGAGCAAGAAGACCCUUGUCAAGAUUUUGGCAACCUGCCAGAAGACUGUGGCUGCACAAUCGACUCCGACUGCAAGUCGAACAAGUGUCAUAAUUAUGUUUGUUGCAAGAAUCUGCCUUCUAGUAAGAGCAAGGAGGGAUGCCAAUGUCAAGACAAUUCAGACUGCAUUGGAAGACUUACAUGCGACAUGUCUGGAUUAUCUAGAAAUCAAACAGCAGGAACAUGCACUGAGGAGCAAGAAGACACUUGUCAAGAUUUUGGCAACCUGCCAGAAGACUGUGGCUGCACAAUCGACUCCGACUGCAAGUCGAACAAGUGUCAUAAUUAUGUUUGUUGCAAGAAUCUGCCUUCUAGUAAGAGCAAGGAGGGAUGCCAAUGUCAAGACAAUUCAGACUGCAUUGGAAGACUUACAUGCGACAUGUCUGGAUUAUCUAGAAAUCAAACAGAAGGAACAUGCACUGAGGAGCAAGAAGACCCUUGUCAAGAUUUUGGCAACCUGCCAGAAGACUGUGGCUGCACAAUCGACUCCGACUGCAAGUCGAACAAGUGUCAUAGUUAUGUUUGUUGCAAGAAUCUGCCUUCUAGUAAGAGCAAGGAGGGAUGCCAAUGUCAAGACAAUUCAGACUGCAUUGGAAGACUUACAUGCGACAUGUCUGGAUUAUCUAGAAAUCAAACAGAAGGAACAUGCACUGAAGAGCAAGAAGGCCCUUGUCAAGAUUUUGGCAACCUGCCAGAAGACUGUGGCUGCACAAUCGACUCCGACUGCAAGUCGAACAAGUGUCAUAAUUAUGUUUGUUGCAAGAACCUGCCUUCCAGCAAGAGCAAGGAGGGAUGUCAAUGUCAAAACAAUUCAGACUGCAUCGGAAGACUUACAUGCGACAUGUCUGGAUUAUCUAGAAGUCAAACAGAAGGAACAUGCACUGAUGACACAAGAUAAAAACUCCGUGAACAUGCUCUACAUCGACAGCAGCCAAUGCUUAGAGGGGGCGUCCACACGGCCACUGUCAGCAGAAGUUCCCAUUGAGGCAAGGGGCUGGCCACGACCACCCGCAUCCUCACGAGGGGUCGUUUGGCGCGAGCCCCCUGCCAGCGUCAUAGCCGACACCGCACGACGGAUCGAUGCAACCAGCUUUCUGGAAGGAAUAUUUAUACAUAUAUAGGAGUGGAGUUAUCCGAGUUAUCCCAAGUGUCAGUAGUGGUGCUGGGUUCACGGUUUUGUGUCUGUAUGGUGUUCGUUUCAGUUGUCUUCGUCAUGUUUCAAUAUAUUAGAUAGAAGCAUCCUA